AUGAGGCUGAAUGAACACACAGGCAUGUCGCCCCCCGUCCGGUUCCUGCCCAGUCUAAAGACGAGAAGACAGUCGUCUUGCCGAGAGACAGCCAUCGUGACGCCGGGGGUGACUCUGGUCCCCUACGAGGCGAGACAUGUGGAGCGGUAUCAUGAGUGGAUGAGUGACCCGGAAAUCCAGGAAGCCACGGCCUCGGAACCGCUGACGCUCGAGGAAGAGUACGAAAACCAACAGUCAUGGCGGACGUCACACGACAAGCUCACCUUCAUCAUCUGUCAACCGCUGCCUGUUUCGUCCAGAACGAAAACCGAGACGCUGCAGGCCGGGGAUGUCGACACCCCGGAGCGCAUGGUUGGCGACAUCAACUUCUUCAUCUACCCCAGUGACGAUGACGACAACGACGACGAUGGGGACAACGACGGCGCGACUCGGAUCGCGAACGAGACCUCGUACGUCGGCGAGGUGGAUGUCAUGAUCGCAUCCAAAGAGCAUCGCGGCAAGGGCGUUGGACACGCCGCGGUGACGACGCUCCUAACAUACGUGCACCGCAACAGGGCACGCAUCCUGGCGGAGCACGUCAACGGCGAGGGCAAGGCCGGCAAGGGAAACGCACCAGAGCUCAAGGGCCUGAUGGUCAAGAUCAAGGAGGGGAACUCGGCGAGCAUCGCGCUGUUCCGGCGGCUGGGCUUCGUGCAGAAGGGGGAGGUGAAUUACUUUGGGGAGAUUCAGAUGGUGUUGCGGGAUCUGGAGGAGUUUGUGACGUCUUCUGCCGGCGAGAUGGCCGUGCUGGAAUAUCGUGAGGUCGCAUACUCGAGAUGA